GGAUUUCGUCAUAUCAUGUUCUACUAUCAAGAUGUGGAGACACCUGAAACUGGACAUUUUGGCCUACCAGGCACAGGACCCAGUCCUCACUCAGCAAGGAGCAAGAAACCUAAAGUGUUUGUGACAGAGGGAAUAGAUGUUGCCCUAACUGGUGUAUGUGUAUUCUUCAUUAGAUCUAGUCCUUCCAAAACCAUCACUGCAGAGAAUAUCCAUCAGGAAGUGAAUUUCAAUAUGCUGGAUACUGCUCAGGGCGGCUUACUAAAAAGUGUGCAGCAUUUGCUGUCAGAAAUCUUCAUUCCGGUCAUCAAGACUAUGAACCAAGGUUGGGGUGAGAUUGGUAGUCCUCAGCAAGCAGCUAAUAUUCGGCAGGACUUCCUUGGCUCCCUUGAGGGAUUUGUUAGUGUCUUGUCAGGAUCUCAGCAGAGUCUGAUGGAAAAGGUGAAUCUGAAAAAGUGUGACACAUAUGACUUGAAAACUCUAAAGGGACCUUCAGACUAUCUGGCUGUUGCUAACAGCACAGAAGCUCUAGAAAGAAUAGAGGCCUGCAUGAAAGUAUGGAUCAAACAAAUUGAACAGGUCCUGGCUGAAAAUGAUCAACUGAGGAAAGAAGCUGAUGACCUGGGCCCACGAGCAGAACUGGAUCACUGGAAGAAACGAUUGUCUAAAUUCAACUACCUUUUGGACCAACUGAAGAGCCCAGAUGUGAAGGCGGUGCUGGGAGUACUUGCUGCUGCUAAAUCCAGACUUCUGAAGAGCUGGCGAGAGCUGGAUACUCGCAUCACUGAUGCAGCUAAUGAAGCCAAAGACAAUGUUAAGUAUCUCUACACUCUGGAAAAAUGCUGUGACCCCCUAUACAACAGUGACCCUGUGUCCAUGGUAGAUGCUAUUCCAGGUCUCAUAAAUGCAAUAAAAAUGAUUCACAGCAUCUCACGUUACUACAAUACCUCUGAGAAGAUAACCUCACUGUUUGUGAAGGUAACAAAUCAGAUGAUAACAGCAUGUAAAGCUUACAUAACUAACAACAAGACUGCCACCAUCUGGGACCAGCCUCAGGAGAUAGUUAUGGAGAAGCUGCAAGCAGCUAUUAGACUUAAACAGGAGUAUCAAAAUUGUUUUCACAAGACAAAAGAAAAACUAGAACAAAAUCCAGCUGAAAGACAGUUUGAUUUUAGUGAGAUGUAUAUCUUUGGAAAAUUUGAAACAUUUCAUCGACGUCUAGUUAAAAUUAUACAUGUCUUCAGUACCAUUACAACCUACUUAGUUCUGGAAGAAUCAAAGAUUGAAGGAUUGGAAGUUAUGGCAACAAAAUAUCAGAGCAUUGUUGCCACCAUGAAGAAAAAGGAGUACAACUUCUUAGAUCAACGAAAGACUGAUUUUGACCAGGACUAUGAAGAGUUUUGCAAACAAACCAGUGACCUUCAUAAUCAGUUAAAGACCUUUAUGGACAUCACCUUUGAAAGGAUUCCAACCACUGAAAGAGCUCUUAGUAUGCUGAAGAAAUUCGAAAGAUUAGAAACCCCCAAUCUUGGCAUUGAUGAAAAAUACCAGAAAAUCCUUCAGAACUAUGGUCAUGACAUUGAGAUGGUCUCUAAGCUGUACACUAAGCAGAAAAAUGACCCUCCUUUGGCUCGUAACCUGCCACCAAUAGCUGGUAAGAUCUUGUGGGCACGCCAACUCUUCCACAGGAUCCAGGAACCAAUGGACCUCUUCCAACAGCAUCCCACUGUUCUGCAGACAGGAGAAGCCAAGCGCAUAGUUCGCAACUACAACAAAGUGGCAAAAGUCCUCUUGGAGUUUGAGGUUAUUUAUCACAGGGGAUGGCUUCAGCAGAUUGAAGUAACGAAAACAGGGCUUCAGGCAUCCCUGUUGGUGAAGGCUCCAGAGACAGGAGAAUUAUUUGUGAAUUUUGACCCUCAGAUAUUGACUUUAAUUCGGGAAACAGAGUGCAUGGCUCACAUGCACCUUGAAAUCCCGCCUUUCGCCAUUGCUCUACAGCAAAAGCAAGACUCAUACAAGAAGAAUUUCAAUCAACUGCAGGUGAUGCUGGCAGAAUAUAAGAGAAUUAAAUCAAAAAUACAAACACCCAUUGAUCAACUAAUGGCUCCUCACUUAGCUAAUGUAGAUGAUGCUAUUCAGCCUGGUUUAACUUCACUAAACUGGACCUCCUUGAACACUGAGAAAUACAUAAAUAAUAUUUUUGACAAACUAGCUGAGCUGGAGCUGCUGCUUGAUCGAGUGAAUGAUCUGAUAGAAUUUCGUAUUGAUGCUGUUCUACAAGAAAUGAGCAGUGUGCCGCUUUGUGACCUGCCAGAAGAUGAACCACUUACCUGUGAGGAAUUUCUCCAAAUGACUAAGGAGCUCUGUGUUCAAGGUGCACAGACUUUGCAUUUGAAAAGCUCAUUGGUGGAAGAAGCAGCCAAUGAGCUGAUAAACAUGUUAUUGGACACAGAGGUGCAUUCCAAAGGAGAAAAUGAGAAGUCAGUUCUGCUUCCAGUCAAUGCUGAAAUGAGUGAAGUGAAUGAAAGUACAGAGGAGGAAGGGAGAAAGGAGAAACUGGCAUCCUCUCAUACAGCAAGUCAGAUUAUGGCUGGGAUGUCUCCUCCUUUAACAAAGAAGAAGAGAAAGGAGAUGGAAAUGUUAGAGGAAGAAGCCCAAGAACUGCUUACCCACUUCAAUCACCGCAAUAUUGAUGCCCUUUUGAAGGUCACUCGGAACACUCUGGAGACCAUACGCAAGUGCAUUCAUGCCUCUUCUGCGAUCAACUUCUUAGACAAUGACAGUGCUUCUAAGCAAAAACAGAGUGCUCAGCCUAUUUUUCGGACUAGCAUUAACUUGUCUAUCCCAAAUAUCGUUAUGAUGCCAGCUUUGGAUGAGGUACAGCAAACACUUAAUAAAGCUGUGGAGAGUAUUGUCAGUGUCAUGAAAGGAGUUGGUCAGUGGAGUAAAGAGAGAAUGUCUAAGAAAAAAAUGCUAGAAAGAAAAAUAGCUGCUUUGCGGCGCAGUAGCGAAGACAGUGAUUCUGAUGAUGGAAUGAGAGAGACUGGAGUAAAAAAUGCUCAGGAUACCACCUCAGAAGUAGCAACUGCAAACUUGCCUGCUCCAGUGCAAAACAAAAACUACCACAAAAGUGUUUCUGAGAACAAGGAAAUUAUUAAAUUGGUCUCUGUACUUAGUACUGUCCUCAGUUCUACCAAAAAGGAGGUUCUUACAGCUCUGGAGCAUUUCAAAUGUUAUGACCACAUCUGGCAAAGGAAGAAGGAGGAAACCAUCAAUAAGUUCAUAACAGGGAAUCCUUUACUCUCUGAAUUUGAGUCCCAGAUCCUCCAUUUCAGAGACUUGGAGCUGGAGAUAAACUCGGAGCCUGAAUACAUCUGUGUGGGAGCUAUGGCACUAUAUAGUGCUGACCUGAAGCUAGCACUGGCUGCAGAAACCAAGGCUUGGAUGAUUGAGUUGGGGCGUCACUGUAACAAGAAAUACAGAACAGAGAUGGAAAACAUUUUCACAUUUGUAGAGGAAAUCGGCAAGAAACUGAAUCGACAAAUUAAGGAUUUGGAUGACAUAAGAAUAGCUAUGGCUGCAUUAAAAGAGAUUAGAGAGCAACAAAUCCCCAUAGACUUCCAAGUGGUACCUAUUGAGGAAUCCUAUGCAAUGUUAAACAAAUAUGAGCUGCUGGUGGCAAAGGAAGAGAUGGAGAAGGUGGACACCCUGCGCUAUAUCUGGGAGAAGCUUCUGGUCCGGGCAAAUGAAGUGCAGAAUGAGCUAGUAGCUUUGCAGCCCAACUUCAGGGGAGAACUAAUUAGCACUGUGGAGAUAUUCACUGAAGAUUGUCAUCAGUACUAUGCAGACUACGACAAGAAUGGACCAAUGGCGGUUGGUCUUGAGCCUCAGGAAGCCAGUGACAGGCUUAUCAUGUUCCAGAACCGAUUUGACAGCCUCUAUAGAAAAUACAUUACCUACACUGGUGGGGAAGAACUUUUUGGUUUGCCUGUUACCCAGUAUCCUCAGCUACUUGAGAUAAAGAAGCAGCUGACCCUGCUACAGAAACUUUACAGCCUUUACAACAAUGUUAUUGACACCGUCAAUGGCUACUAUGAUAUCCUCUGGUCAGAAGUUAACAUUGCGAAAAUAAAUAAUGAACUUCUGGAGUUUCAGAACAGGUGUCGCAAACUUCCUCGUGCUUUAAAGGAAUGGCAGGCAUUUUUGGAUCUAAAGAAGACAAUUGAUGAUUUCAAUGAGUGCUGCCCUUUGCUUGAGCUUAUGUCAAAUAAGGCCAUGAUGGCUCGGCACUGGAAGAGGAUUACAGAUCUCACUGAACACAGCUUUGAGGUGGAAAGCGAAACCUUCAAAUUGAGGAAUAUCAUGGAAGCACCUCUGCUGAAAUAUAAAGAGGAAAUUGAGGAUAUUUGCAUCAGUGCGGUGAAGGAGAGAGACAUUGAGCAGAAGCUGAAACAGGUGAUUGCUGAGUGGGACAACAAAACUUUCACCUUUGCCAACUUUAAAACUCGUGGUGAGCUGCUCUUGAGAGGAGACAGCACUUCAGAAACGAUUGCUAGCAUGGAGGAUAGCUUGAUGGUUCUGGGCUCUCUCUUGAGCAACAGGUACAACACCCCAUUCAAGGCGCAGAUCCAAAAAUGGGUACACUACCUUUCCAGCACAACAGACAUAAUUGAGAACUGGAUGACAGUGCAGAACUUAUGGAUUUAUUUGGAAGCUGUUUUUGUGGGCGGAGACAUUGCGAAGCAGCUUCCAAAGGAAGCCAAGCGUUUCUCUAACAUAGAUAAAUCAUGGGUGAAGAUCUUGACGCGGGCCCAUGAGAUGCCAAAUGUGGUCCAAUGCUGUGUUGGAGAUGAAACCAUGGGGCAGCUUCUGCCACACUUGUUAGAACAGCUCGAAAUCUGUCAGAAGUCACUUACAGGGUACCUUGAGAAAAAACGACUUUCCUUUCCUCGGUUCUUCUUUGUGUCGGACCCUGCUCUCUUGGAGAUACUUGGCCAGGCAUCAGACUCUCACACUAUACAGGCUCACCUGCUGAAUGUCUUUGACAACAUUAAAACUGUCAGGUUCCAUGAAAAGAUAUAUGAUCGCAUUCUGUCAAUUUGUUCUCGAGAGGGUGAGACAAUUGAAUUGGAUAAACCUGUAAUGGCUGAGGGUAAUGUGGAAGUCUGGCUCAAUUCUCUCUUAAAGGAAUCCCAGUCCUCAUUACAUAUUGUCAUUCGCCAGGCAGCCAUGGAUAUCCAGGAAACUGGAUUCCAGUUGAUUGAAUUUCUUUCUUCUUUCCCAGCCCAGGUUGGGUUAUUGGGGAUCCAAAUGAUUUGGACAAGAGACUCAGAAGAGGCAUUGACUAAUGCCAGAUAUGAUAAAAAAAUAAUGCAGAAGACAAACCAAUCUUUCUUAGACCUGCUGAACACUCUGAUAGACAUGACAACCAAAGACCUCAGUCCAGUGGAGCGAAUUAAAUAUGAGACACUAAUCACUAUCCACGUGCACCAGAGGGACAUCUUUGAUGAUCUGUGCCGUAUGCACGUCAAGAGCCCUACAGACUUUGAGUGGUUGAAACAAUGUAGAUUUUACUUCAAAGAAGAUUCCGACAAGAUGAUGAUUAACAUCACUGAUGUGGGUUUUACAUACCAGAAUGAAUUCUUAGGCUGUACUGACAGGCUUGUCAUAACUCCUCUCACUGACCGAUGUUACAUCACUUUAGCUCAGGCCCUGGGAAUGAACAUGGGUGGAGCACCUGCUGGACCUGCAGGGACAGGCAAAACCGAAACUACUAAAGACAUGGGAAGAUGCCUUGGUAAAUAUGUAGUAGUCUUCAACUGUUCAGACCAGAUGGAUUUCAGAGGACUAGGAAGAAUCUUCAAAGGUCUUGCUCAGUCUGGCUCCUGGGGCUGCUUUGAUGAAUUUAACCGUAUCGACUUACCUGUAUUAUCAGUAGCUGCACAGCAAAUUGCAAUUGUGUUGACAUGUAAGAAGGAGCGUAAAAAGAACUUUAUAUUUACUGAUGGAGAUAAUGUGGAAAUGAACCCUGAAUUUGGAAUAUUUCUUACUAUGAACCCAGGAUAUGCUGGGCGACAAGAGUUGCCUGAAAACUUGAAGAUAAACUUCCGUUCAGUGGCCAUGAUGGUUCCUGAUCGUCAGAUAAUAAUUCGUGUCAAACUGGCUAGCUGUGGAUUCAUAGAUAACAUUGUACUGGCAAGGAAAUUCUUCACUCUGUACAAGCUGUGUGAGGAGCAGCUAUCUAAGCAGGUGCAUUAUGACUUUGGUUUGAGGAAUAUAUUGUCAGUGCUGCGCACGCUGGGGGCAGCAAAAAGAGCAAACCCCGCUGAUACAGAAUCUACUAUUGUCAUGCGUGUUCUGAGAGAUAUGAACCUUUCUAAAUUGAUUGAUGAAGAUGAACCCUUGUUCUUGAGUCUGAUUGAAGACCUGUUUCCAAGUAUACAGCUUGACAAAGCAGGCUAUCCAGAACUAGAAGCUGCCAUUAACAAACAGGUUGAAGAAGCUGGCCUAAUUAGUCAUCCUCCUUGGAAACUGAAAGUUAUCCAGCUGUAUGAAACGCAGAAAGUAAGGCAUGGAAUGAUGGCCUUAGGUCCUAGUGGGGCAGGUAAAAGUACUUGCAUCCACACUCUGAUGAAAUCCAUGACAGAUUGCGGACAGCCACACCGUGAAAUGAGAAUGAAUCCCAAAGCUAUCACAGCACCUCAGAUGUUUGGUCGCCUUGAUGUAGCAACCAAUGACUGGACAGAUGGGAUUUUCUCCACUCUGUGGAGGAAAACUUUGAGAGCCAAGAAAGGUGAGCACAUCUGGAUAGUUCUUGAUGGUCCUGUUGAUGCUAUUUGGAUUGAGAACCUGAACUCUGUACUGGAUGAUAAUAGAACCCUAACACUAGCUAAUGGAGACCGUAUUCCGAUGGCACCAAACUGUAAAAUAGUGUUUGAGCCUCAUAAUAUUGACAAUGCUUCCCCUGCUACUGUAUCAAGGAAUGGCAUGGUUUUCAUGAGUUCAUCAGUUCUCAACUGGAGCCCUGUUCUUGAGGGCUUUCUGAAAAAACGUUCUCCUCAAGAAGCUGAAAUUCUGCGUCAGCUGUACAUUUCAUCAUUCCCAGAACUCUACCGCUUCAGCAUCCAGACCUUGGAAUAUCAGAUAGAGAUGCUGGAGGCCUUUGUGAUCAUGCAAAGCAUUAACAUGCUGCAGGGACUUAUCCCUCUGAAGGAGCAAGGAGUGGAAGUAACACCAGAGUACCUGGAAAGGCUGUACGUCUUCUCCCUCAUGUGGAGUGUUGGAGCAUUGCUGGAAUUGGAAGACAGAUGCAAAAUGGAGCACUGGCUUCGUAAUCAUAAAAAAAUAAAGCUUGAUCUUCCCCAUAUCUCAGAAGGAAGUGAAGAUACCAUGUUUGACUACUAUGUGGCAACUGAUGGUAAAUGGAUGCACUGGAGUACUCGUGUUGAAGAGUAUGUGUACCCCACUAACAGCAUUCCAGAGUAUGGUUCCAUCUUGGUGCCAAAUGUCGACAACGUGAGAACAGACUUCCUUAUUGAAACAAUUGCUGGGCAGGGCAAGGCUGUGCUACUAAUUGGUGAGCAAGGAACUGCUAAAACUGUCAUCAUCAAAGGAUUCAUGUCAAAAUAUAAUCCUGAAAGCCACAUGGCCAAGAGUCUGAACUUUUCAUCUGCAACUACCCCAUUAAUGUUCCAGCGUACAAUAGAGAGUUAUGUGGACAAACGCAUGGGGACGACAUAUGGUCCUCCUGCAGGCAAGAAGAUGACUGUCUUCAUUGAUGAUGUGAAUAUGCCUGUAAUCAAUGAGUGGGGAGAUCAGGUCACCAAUGAGAUAGUUCGACAGCUGAUGGAACAGAAUGGGUUCUAUAACCUGGAGAAACCAGGGGAGUUUACCAACAUCGUUGAUAUCCAGUUCUUGGCAGCCAUGAUCCACCCUGGUGGAGGUCGCAAUGACAUCCCACAGAGACUAAAGAGACAUUUUUCCAUAUUCAACUGUACUCUGCCGUCCAAUUCUUCCAUUGACAAGAUCUUUGGUGUGAUUGGCGUAGGGCAUUAUUGUAGUCAGCGGGGCUUCUCAGAAGAGGUGAGAAGAUCAGUAGCCAAAUUGGUGCCACUGACACGCAGGUUAUGGCAGAUGACCAAGAUCAAAAUGCUACCCACUCCAGCCAAGUUCCAUUAUGUCUUCAAUCUACGAGAUCUCUCAAGGAUUUGGCAGGGGAUGCUAAAUACCGUAUCGGAAGUAAUCAGUGAACCUAAUGUGUUGAUAAAGUUGUGGAAGCAUGAAUGUAAGUGUGUUAUUGCUGAUCGUUUCACAACCCCAGCGGAUGUAGAUUGGUUUGAUACAGCUUUGGCAAAAUUGGUUGAGGAGGAAUUCGGUGAAGAGAAAAAGGCUUUAGUGGAUUCGGAAACUGAUGCUUACUUUGUUGACUUCUUAAGGGAUCCACCUGAAGCAACAGGUGAAGAGCCAGAAGAAACUGUCUUUGAUAUGCCUAAAAUCUAUGAGCCAAUUGAAUCUUUUAAUCACCUAAAGGAUCGUUUAAAUAUGUUUCUACACACAUACAACGAGAGCAUUCGGGGUGCACGUCUGGACAUGGUGUUCUUCAAAGAUGCUAUGAUUCAUUUAGUCAAGAUUUCUCGUGUGAUUCGCACCCCUCGUGGAAAUGCUCUCCUCGUUGGAGUUGGUGGCUCAGGAAAGCAGAGCUUGACUAAACUUGCAUCAUUCAUAGCUGGCUAUGCUACAUUCCAGAUCACUUUAACAAGAUCAUACAACACUUCAAACCUGAUGGAAGACCUGAAGCUCUUGUACAGGACAGCAGGGCUACAAGGAAAGGGCAUCAGCUUCAUUUUUACAGAUAAUGAGAUCAAAGAUGAGUCUUUCUUAGAAUACCUGAAUAAUGUUUUAUCAUCUGGAGAGGUCUCCAACUUGUUUGCACGUGAUGAAAUUGAUGAGAUCACUAGUGAUCUCAUACCUGUCAUGAAAAAGGAGCACCCACGUCGACCUCCAACCAAUGAGAAUUUGUAUGAAUAUUUCAUGACCAGAGUCCGUCAGAACCUCCAUGUAGUACUUUGUUUUUCACCAGUGGGUGAAAAAUUCCGAAACAGAGCCCUGAAGUUCCCUGCCCUUAUUUCUGGUUGCACUACAGACUGGUUCAGCCGGUGGCCUAAGGAUGCACUGGUUGCAGUAUCUGAACACUUCCUAUCCUCAUAUGAAAUUGACUGCACCACUGAAACCAAGAAGGAGGUGGUGCAGUGUAUGGGCUCCUUCCAGGAUGGGGUAGCAGAGAAGUGUGUUGACUACUUCCAGAGAUAUAGACGUUCUACACAUGUGACUCCAAAAUCCUACCUAUCCUUUAUUCAGGGAUAUAAAGCUACCUACAAAGAAAAGCAUGCUGAGGUGAAGACAUUGGCCAAUAGAAUGAAUACUGGAUUGGAGAAAUUGAAAGAGGCAUCUGAAUCAGUGGCUGCUCUAAGCACAGAGCUGGAGGUUAAAGAAAAGGAGCUUCAGGUUGCUAAUGAAAAAGCUGACAUGGUUUUGAAAGAAGUCACUGUGAAAGCACAGGCUGCUGAGAAGGUGAAAGCUGAAGUACAGAAAGUGAAAGAUAAAGCCCAGGCUAUUGUAGACAGCAUUUCAGCAGAUAAAGCCAUUGCUGAAGAAAAGUUGGAGGCUGCUAAGCCUGCUUUAGAAGAGGCAGAGGCAGCUUUAAAGACAAUCAAACCUGCAGACAUUGCCACUGUCCGUACACUAGGCCGACCUCCUCAUCUUAUCAUGCGUAUUAUGGACUGCGUGCUCCUGCUGUUCCAGAGAAAAGUGAACAGUGUGAAAGUGGACCAGGAGAAAAGCUGCACCAUCCCAUCGUGGCAGGAAUCACUGAAAUUGAUGACAGCAGGAAACUUCUUACAGAACCUGCAGCAAUUCCCAAAAGAUACAAUCAAUGAAGAAGUUGUGGAGCUUUUGAAUCCUUACUUUGAAAUGGUAGACUAUAACAUUGAGACGGCAAAGCGAGUGUGUGGGAAUGUGUCUGGCCUCUGCUCAUGGACCAAGGCUAUGGCUGCAUUUUUUUCUAUCAAUAAAGAAGUGUUACCCUUAAAGGCUAAUUUGGCAGUCCAGGAGAAUCGCCUUGCCACUGCCAUGCUAGAUCUGCAGAAAGCCCAAGCAGAGUUGGAUGACAAACAAGCUGAAUUAGAUUUUGUACAGGCAGAGUAUGAAAAAGCCAUGACGGAAAAACAGACCUUACUUGAAGAUGCAGAACGUUGCAGACAUAAGAUGCAAACAGCCUCCAGUCUUAUAAGUGGUCUAGCAGGUGAAAAAGAGAGAUGGACUGAACAGAGUAAAGAGUUUGCUGCACAAACUAAGAGGCUUGUGGGAGAUGUGUUGCUGGCUACAGCUUUUCUAUCGUAUUCUGGUCCUUUUAACCAAGAGUUCCGCAAUCUGUUGUUAAAUGAUUGGCAAAAGGAAAUGAAAACCCGGAAAAUCCCAUUUGGCAACAACCUAAACCUUACAGAGAUGUUGAUUGAUGCUCCGACCAUCAGUGAGUGGAACCUCCAAGGACUGCCAAACGAUGACCUAUCCAUACAGAAUGGAAUUAUUGCCACGAAAGCAGCUCGUUAUCCUUUGUUAAUUGAUCCACAGACUCAGGGCAAAAUUUGGAUUAAAAAUAAGGAAACCAAGAAUGAACUUCAGAUCACAUAUCUGAAUCACAAGUAUUUCAGAAACCACUUAGAGGACAGCCUUUCUCUUGGAAGGCCACUGCUGAUUGAAGAUGUUGGGGAAGAGCUUGAUCCAGCAUUGGAUAAUGUUUUGGAGAAAAACUUCAUCAAAACUGGUUCUUCCUAUAAGGUAAAAGUUGGUGAUAAAGAAGUAGAUGUCAUGAAUGGCUUCAGACUUUACAUCACCACCAAACUCCCAAAUCCAGCAUAUACCCCUGAAAUUAGUGCUCGCACAUCCAUUAUUGACUUUACUGUGACCAUGAAAGGUCUAGAAGAUCAACUCCUAGGGAGAGUCAUUCUCACAGAGAAACAGGAACUAGAGAAAGAGAGAACUGAUCUCAUGGAAGAUGUGACUGCCAACAAGAGAAGGAUGAAAGAGCUGGAAGAUAACUUGCUCUAUCGACUGACAAGCACACAGGGUUCUCUGGUGGAGGAUGAGAGUCUGAUCACUGUAUUGAGUAACACCAAGAAGACUGCUGAGGAAGUGACACAGAAACUGCAGAUUUCUGCUGAGACUGAAAUACAGAUCAACUCAGCCCGUGAGGAGUACAGACCCGUUGCAACAAGAGGGAGCAUCCUAUAUUUCCUUAUAACUGAGAUGAGUAUGGUCAAUGUGAUGUAUCAGACUUCUCUUCGACAGUUUCUGGGACUCUUCGACCUUUCUCUAGCCAGGUCUGUCAAGAGCCCAAUUACGAGUAAGAGAAUUGCUAAUAUAAUUGAGCAUAUGACCUAUGAAGUAUAUAAGUAUGCUGCCAGGGGACUUUAUGAGGAGCACAAAUUCCUGUUCACCUUACUGCUUACCUUGAAAAUAGACAUGCAGAGAAACAGAGUGAAGCAUGAAGAGUUCCUGACACUUAUUAAAGGUGGUGCUUCUCUGGACCUUAAAGCUUGUCCUCCUAAACCAUCUAAAUGGAUCCUGGAUAUGACUUGGCUGAACUUGGUGGAACUCAGUAAGCUUAGACAAUUCUCAGAUGUUUUGGACCAAAUUUCAAGAACAGAGAAACAAUGGAAAAUCUGGUUUGAUAAGGAGAAUCCAGAGGAAGAACUUGUUCCCAGUGGCUAUGAUCAAUCUCUGGACUGCUUCAGACGUCUCCUCCUUAUUAGAUCCUGGUGUCCUGAUAGAACCAUAGCUCAGGCCAGGAAGUAUAUCAUGGAUACCAUGGGGGAAAAAUAUGCAGAAGGAGUCAUCUUGGACUUGGAGAAGACAUGGGAAGAAUCAGAUCCACGUACUCCUCUCAUCUGCUUUCUUUCUAUGGGUUCUGAUCCUACCGACUCAAUCAUUGCUCUGGGGAAAAGACUGAAGACAGAGACACGUUAUGUUUCCAUGGGUCAGGGACAAGAAGUCCAUGCUCGUAAACUUCUACAGCAGACCAUGGCACAUGGAGGAUGGGCACUUCUUCAGAACUGCCACCUGGGGCUUGACUUUUUGGAUGAGCUGAUGGACACUAUUAUAGAAACUGAGACUGUCCAUGAGAACUUUCGCUUGUGGAUGACCACUGAGGUUCACCGGCAGUUCCCCAUUACCCUUCUUCAAAUGUCCAUUAAAUUCACCAAUGAACCUCCACAGGGGCUCAAAGCUGGUCUGAAGAGAACAUAUGGUGGUGUGAACCAAGAUCUCCUGGAUGUCAGUAACAUGGUGCAAUGGAAACCAAUGUUAUACGCUGUUGGUUUCCUGCACUCCACAGUUCAAGAAAGACGCAAAUUUGGACCACUAGGUUGGAACAUCCCCUAUGAGUUUAACCAGGCUGACUUUAAUGCUACUGUGCAGUUCAUCCAGAAUCAUUUAGAUGACAUUGACAUCAAGAAGGGUGUCUCCUGGAAUACUGUUCGCUACAUGGUAGGCGAGAUCCAGUAUGGAGGUCGAGUGACUGAUGACUAUGACAAAAGACUGCUGAACACAUUUGCUAAAGUCUGGUUCAGUGAAAACAUAUUCAGUCAAGACUUCUGCUUUUACAAAGGGUACAGCAUACCCAAAUGUACCACAGUGGAUCAGUACCUUCAGUACAUACAGAGCCUGCCCGCUUAUGACACUCCUGAGGUAUUUGGGCUGCAUCCCAAUGCUGAUAUCACUUACCAAAGCAAGCUUGCCAAGGAUGUGUUGGAUACCAUCCUCAGUAUUCAACCUAAAGACAGUUCCAGUGGAGGAGGCGAGACUAGAGAGGCGGUGGUAGCUAGAUUGGCUGAUGAUAUGUUGGAGAAGCUUCCUGAUGAUUAUGCACCGUUUGAAGUAAAGGAAAGGCUGCAGAAGAUGGGACCGUUCCAGCCUAUGAACAUCUUCUUGAGACAGGAGGUAGACAGAAUGCAGAAGGUUAUCACCUUAGUGCGAAGCACUCUGACUGAUCUCAAACUUGCCAUUGAUGGGACCAUCAUCAUGAGUGUAAAUCUGAGGGAUGCUUUGGAUUGCAUGUAUGAUGCAAGAAUUCCUACCCGUUGGGAAAAGGGGUCUUGGGCUUCCAGCACACUAGGUUUCUGGUUUACUGAACUUCUGGAAAGAAACCAUCAGUUUUACUGCUGGAUAUUUGAGGGCCGACCAAAUUGCUUCUGGAUGACAGGGUUCUUUAACCCGCAAGGAUUUUUGACUGCAAUGAGACAGGAAAUAACUCGAGCCAACAAAGGGUGGGCACUUGAUAGUGUAGCACUGUGCAAUGAAGUCACCAAGUGGAUGAAGGAUGACAUCACAACUCCUCCUCCUGAGGGCGUCUAUGUAUACGGACUCUAUCUAGAAGGAGCUGGUUGGGACAGAAGAAAUUUAAAAAUCAUUGAGUCUAAGCCCAAGGUGCUCUUUGAAAUGAUGCCUGUCAUACGGAUUUAUGCAGAGAACAACACUUCAAAAGAUCCUCGUCUGUACUCGUGUCCAAUCUACAAAAAACCACAUCGAACAGACCUGAAUUACGUUGCUGCUGUGGACCUUAAAACCGUCCAACCUCCAGAGCAUUGGAUACUGCGUGGUGUAGCACUUCUUUGUGAUGUCAAGUACUAUAUAUCCGGCUUUGGCAAGGACAUUGAAAAUAAACAGAUGUUUGACUGCAGUUGA